AUGGUUAGAAGUUAGAAGAAAGCGAGCAGUGAUUGUUAGAGGACAGCCAGAAACUAGUGGUUACACUUCAGAAAGAGCUCAUUUGAGUCAACAGAGUAGAAUUAGUUUAGACUUCCAUGACGACGACUCCUUAGGAUUCAAGUAGAGACGCUAGAUAGGACAAAAUAAACGCACUGCGAAAGAGCCAGCAACGAAAGUUUUAUUCCUUUUUUUUAUUUGACGCACGUAACAAGUUUUAAAUGCAACGCUGUUUGAUUUAUGAGAAAACUAUGGCAGCCGAGACAAGGAACGGCGGAAGUUCACUGAACAACAAUAACUGCAAAGACCACAGCAGGAGAAAGUUACUGGUGGGAGUGGAUCUGUUCUGUUUAUUUCUAGCCGGCCUGCCUUUCUUGGUCAUUGAGACCAGCGCUGUUCAGCCUUACCGUAGAGGGUUUUACUGCGAUGAUGAGUCCAUCAAGUACCCGGCCAAAAAUGGAGACACCAUUAGCGACGGUGUGCUUAGCGCUGCUGGCAUUCUUAUCACCAUCCUCUCUAUCAUCAUUGGGGAGAGCUACAGGAUCUACUUUCUCAAUGAGGGAUCCAAGUCUUUUGUGGGGAACCCUUACAUAUCUGCUCUCUACAAGCAAGUCGGCGUGUUCAUCUUCGGCUGUGCCAUCAGCCAGUCCUUCACCGACAUCGCCAAAGUGUCAGUGGGUCGCAUGCGUCCUCACUUCCUGGACGUGUGCAAACCGGACUUCUCCACCAUCAACUGCUCCCUGGGAUACAUCACUGACUACCAGUGUCAGGGGCCAGAGAGCAAAGUUCAGGAGGCCAGGAAGUCUUUCUUCUCUGGACAUGCAUCCUUCUCCAUGUACACCAUGCUUUACCUGGUGUUUUACCUGCAGUCUCGUUUCACCUGGCACGGAGCUCGCCUGCUGCGCCCUCUGACCCAGUUCACCCUCAUCAUGAUGUCCUUCUACACCGGCCUGUCCCGAGUCUCUGAUCACAAGCACCACCCCACUGAUGUCCUGGCUGGGUUUGUGCAGGGAGCCCUGGUGGCCUACUGCAUAGUAUUCUUUGUGUCUGAUCUGUUCAAGCCCAAAGGGAGACGCUCCACCCAUUUGUCUACCCCAGUGAAGAAGGACCUCGUUCCUCCAGCAGACAUCAGAGAGCGGAGCAACCAUCUCAUCAUGGCGUAGAGAAGACUGCAAACUGUACAUAACCCUGACCUGUGCCAUUUGAAUCACUGCUACAGCCACUGGUUGAUACUGGAUAAGAUAAACUCCCAACAAUCUGGAUAGUACAGAUAGAAUCUCGAACAUCUCUGAGGAUGAGAGGAGGCUACGGAAAACCAUCGAAUAAGUUUUGCUUCCUCAACGGAAAUCUUCCAUCUUUUUCCUCGUCUCACCAGACAUUUUAAUGUGGAAAAGAGAGAGGACUGGGGGUGUAUUUAUACCUCUUCUGUUAUGAAGAUUAUCGGAGAUUCUCCUCUGUCAAAGCCUUUCCAUGGACAAAAGUUUGAAAUGAAACAAAACUGAGAAAUGGCAGCUGUAAACAAAGCUGUGUGUGGCUUUUUUGUGCCUUCUCCCCUCAGCUGCAUCCAGCACGGGAGCUACACUUAUAUUCCUGCCACUCACUCACUCACUCACCCACUCACCCACUGUGUGACUAGUACAAAUACAAUCAUGACAAAAAAACAGAUUCCUUGAUUUCACAAAGGAUGUUGUUUUUGUUUGGUUUUUAUUACAAACAUAAGCAUUGUAUGUGUGAUUUAUAGCACUAUUUUAGCUCAACUCAGUACUGUUUGUCACCACUUGAAUGACCUGAAGUGAAGCUUUUUUGGAAAGCUUUGUAAGCUUUUUUUUGUUACGUCCAUAAUGUAGUGUAAUUCCUUAGAAGGUGCACAUAAGUUACAGUAGGUGGAAAUUACAGUGAGAGCGUAUGUGUUGGAUGUGGGCCUCUUUCUGCCGGCUAGGACGAGCCCCCACUGAGCCAUUUAAUGAAAUGACUGUCUGUUAUAUGUACCAGACGGGCGCUCACAAGUGUUAGGUCAGAAUGUGUGGGAGUGUGUGUGUGUGUGUGUCCCUUUCGUACGCUUGUGUUUAUGUCUGUGUGUGUAUGGGUGAGGCCUUUCAGAGAGCGUGCCAGUGUGUCUUAAUGUCAUGUCUAUAUAUUUCAGUGUUUAUAGCCUACAAGUGUGCCUCUCUUAAGCCAGAGAACAGGCACCUGCUCCAACAGACACAUGUAACUCGAGACAGAAACACUGUGGAAAAUAAGCAUCACAUGCAGUUUAUGUACUUUACUGUUACUAAUCAUAGUGAUGAUUCACAUCACUACUGACGAAUCCUGUGAUAUACUGUAUGCUACACAGUUCUAUAUAUAUACACACUUUAAAUAAAGGCAGGGACUUGCUAGAGAUUGGUUAGUUACAGUAGCUUUUCAGUAUAAAAGCACAGUUCAGCAUUACAGUUAAAAAAUCUUUAUUUUGGCACAUUUUAACCGUUUUAUAUCUCCAACUCUUUCAAAGUAAUACAGUAGGGCUGACAAUGAGGCUCUGCAAUAUAAUAGACGAAAAUCAUUACAUUGAAUUUGUAUUGAUGCUAAUAUGUUUGUAUUGUAAUUAAUCUUUUUAGCAAAAAAAUAACUCUUAAAACCACUGACUGAAAGCAUCAUCCUACGUUACUGAGACAAGCUUUGAUCUGACGCAUAUAAGAAUCUAGUUGUUGUUUUUUUUCUUCAUACAUGUGUUGAAAAUCUACUACAGGUGCAUCUCAAUAAAUUAGAAUAUCAUAGAAAAGUGUAUUUAUGUCAGUAGUUCAAUUCAAAAAGUGCAACUAACAUAUUAUAUAGAUCCAUUACACACAGAAUGAAACAUUUCAUGUCUGAAUUUAUUUAAUUUCUUCUAAUUAUAAUGAUUAUGGCUUACAUUUAAUGAAGACCUAAAAUUCAGUGUCUCAAAAAAUUUGAAUAUUGCAAAAGACCAAUUUUAAAAAGUAUGUUUAAUAUGGAAAUGUUGGCCUCUGAAAAGUAUGUCCAUCUAUAUGACUCAAUACUUGGUUGGGGCUAUUUGAUUUAAACUACUGGAAAUAGACUUUUCCAUCAUAUUCUAAUGUAUUGAGUUGCAUCAGUAUAUACAUCAUCAGAAGAUUCUGCAUGCUCUCAUACAUUGUACAUUACUGUAUCGUGUAUAUAUGUAUACCUUUUGAAGAAAUGCCCACUAUGACUUGUGUGUCGAGACCUGUGUAAAUGUAAAACAUGCUGCUUUAAAGAGGCAAAGCUUGGCAGAUGUCAUCCAGUAACGUUGACAACUUGUGAAUAUUAAGUUUUAUGAAAAAACAAAGCUCUCAAGGCAGACAGCUUCAGUACAUGUUUAUUAAAAAUGCCUUUCAAUAUUUUUGUAAUGUGUGAAAUUUUUGUACAAUGAAACUGUAAGACGUAUCAAAGAUUAAAAAAAAUGUCUUUAAUAAAACACAAAAGAUCAA